AUGCUAGCCACACCUGUCGUCAAGGACUUGAACUAUGACAAGGUGUAUGAGCCUGCAGAGGACUCGUUCUUGCUCUUGGACUGCUUUGAGGAGCAGAGCCUGUACUUGAAGUCUCGUUUCAGCUCAAACGUGCCUGUGGUGGUGGAGAUAGGCAGUGGAUCAGGAAUCGUUACCACCUUUCUCCAUCAACAUAUAUUGCCAGAAUCGGUAUACAUUGCCACCGACGUGAAUCCCCACGCAUGCGAGACGGUGUUGAAGACGGCUAAGGACAAUUCUGCAACGAACUACUUGGUAGACUCGUGCCAGAUGGACCUCACCACCGCAGUCCGCAAACAGGAGGUGGAUGUGUUGGUGUUCAACCCUCCGUAUGUUCCCGCAGAGGAGGUGCCAAAGGUUCCCGAGACUUCUGAGGACUCUACAUGGCUCGACCUCGCGUUGUUGGGUGGCCCCGAUGGAAUGAUAAUCACCUGGAAGGUGUUGCACUCGUUGGACACCAUUUUAUCGCCAAAGGGAGCAGCAUAUAUAUUGUUCUGUGCCCGAAACAAGCCAGACGAGGUGGCAGAGAAGAUGAGGGCGCUUGGGUGGGACUGUGAGGUGGUUAUUCACAGAAAGGCUGGCUGGGAGGUGUUGAGUGUCAUACGAUUCACCCGUGCUGAGGCCAAGUAA